AUGUUGUUAGGUUUUCUAAUUUUCGUCUUUCUUCAAAUCCUCAGGACCCACACACUUUCACCACUAUGCAAUUCCAAUUCCACAAAUUAUAUCAUCGAACCCGGUCGAUCUCAAAGCGGACAAAUAAUUCUUGAAAAAUCCGUAGAUUCUUGGUCACAAUGUGCUCGAUAUUGCAAUGCUCUUCCAAAUUGCUCAUUUUAUAAUGUUUCUCCGGAUAAGAAAGGGGCACACUUUUGUCAACUUUAUGCAACUUCGAAAUUGAAACUUUCGAUUUAUCCAGAAUCAACGACGGCGAGGAAAUUUUGUUUGACGGAAGAAAAUUAUAAAUUGUGCUCUAGACGGAAUUUUGCAUUUGAGAAGUUUGCUGGGCGAGCAAUUUCGAAUUCUUCGUGGAUUUUGAAAACUUUUGAAGUCAGUCUUGAAGAUUGUCUAAACAAAUGCAUAGAGACGUGAGUUCUGUUUUUCAUUUACCAAAAAAAAAAAAAAAUACAAAAGUUUCAGUGAAAAUUGUCGAGCAUCUUUAUUCAACUUGGAAACUUCGAUGUGUCAAAUUUCAAAAAUCUCUCCAAAUUCUGUAUAUAAUCCUCGAACUUUUUUCAAAUUUUCGAAAAAUAUUGAUCUCUAUGAGAAUAAUUGUGCAGAUUGUAGGUUUUCUAUUAAAAAAAAAAUAAUAAUUUUAAUUUCUCAGUCGAGAUGUCGAGCACGGGUUGCAGUUUCAUGCGAGUUCAAAAAGGUGGUCUACCAGAGCUCAGCGAUCAAAUCGUUCAAAAAAUCCAGUCAACCGAUGAUUGCGAGCAAAUGUGUUUGAUUCGAUCGAAAAUCGCUGAUCCUUGUAGAUCUUACACUUAUGAUAGAUCUUCUAAACAAUGUUUUUUGUUUUACGCGUCGACGAGAAUUGUUGGAAGAAGUCCGUUGGAAAAUAUGAAAGAUAAUUUGAGUCAUGGAGAUUUGGAUGAUUGUAUGAAUUGUGAGUUGAUUGAAGUUUGCGAUGAAUAAUUAGAUUUUUUUAGUUUCUCUAAAAUGCCGUGAACAUGGUCUGGAAGUUCGAGCUUCAACGAUGAGAUUGUUUGUGUGAGUUUCUAUUUGGAAAAUGAAAUUUUGAAAAAGUCAGAGAUUUGAGGUUUUUGAAUUCAAACAACCCCGAGAAAUUACGUUUCAUUUUUUUUAUUCAAAGAAUCUUUGAAAUUUGAGAUAAUAUCAGUAUCGAUUGUCUUGAAAAUUUUGAGAAAAAAUUAAGAAGGAGCUAGAAAGAUUUAUACUUUUGGAAUUCUGAAAAAUUUUCGAAAUAUUUCGAAAUUUUACAGAAAUCAGAAUUCUGACAUAUUUUUUCAUUUUCAAAAUUAAUAUUUUCAGCGGCAAAGUGAUGACAAAAACCAAAAAAUGUGCCGAUUUCAUCAAUGGAAAUUACGAAUUCAGUUCAAAAUUCAAUUUCAAAGAAUGUGGAAUUGAACCGAUAAAAACAGCCGAAAUGUAUAAAGGAAUGAUUCAUGUGAAAGAGGGUUCAACAAAUUUGGUAACAAUUCGAGAUAAAAUGUUGGCAGUGAAUUGUAGAAUGCAUAAAAUGCCAAUGUUAACUGAAGAACAAACAUUAUCUGUGCAAAUGAAUAUAAAACCGAAAAAUGAAACAAUUAAAUUGACAAAAGAUGUGCCAAAGUUCUCUUUGAAAAUAUUAACGGAUAAUUCAACAGAGGCGAGUGAGGUCAAAAUUGGAGAUUCGGGAUGGAUUGUGUUGACUGUCAAAAAUUCUGCCGAUGAUUUCACAGUCACUAAUUUAAUUGCUAAAGAAGUCAAUAACAAAUCCAGUAAAACAAUGAAAAUCAUCGAUGAAGAAGGAUGUGUUAUCCGAAGAGAUAUUAUAACAGAAAUCGAAAAAAUCGGAAAAUCCCAAAUCAAAUUUCGCAUAAAUUUUUCUGGAUUCUCCAAACAAACCGAAAUCGUAUAUCACACAAUGAUUGAGACUUGUGAAAUUGGAUGUAUGCCAAAAUGUAACUCGGAUAUUUUAAUGAGAAAAUCUGAGGGAUUUAUCAAUAAAUUAUCGUUGGAUUUACCAAGGAAACAUCGAAUGGUUCGAAGAGCAAUCGAGACGACGACGACAAAACUUGAGCUAACUAAUGAUUUAUAUGAAAUAAGUGCGCAUCGAUUGACAUUAUUGAAUCCUGCUCAAAAUGAUGAUGGAGUUUCUAUGGUUCAGGUAAAUUAUUGAGAUGUUUUGAAAAAAAUACACUCAAACUGUAAUUUUUUUUCAGAAAGUUGCCACUCUCGAAUCAAGUUUCCACCAUUGUUUCAUUGAAGAUAUCACAUGCCUCUUUACUAUGAUUUUGGCAUCCAUUCAAAUAUUCCUCCUUGUCUCAUGUCUUCUCAUAGUUUGGUGUUAUUUUCAACAAUGGCGACAAUUUAGAGAAUUGGAACCUGAAAUGCCACCACAGCAAAUACAAUCGGUUAAAACAUAG